GAGAUUAACAAAAAACGAAGAGAUCACGCGACAAUAUCGAAGCUAAUUAAUCACCUAUAUUAAAGAGGAGAGUGAAUCGUCGCCAAGUCUAGCUCCGCCCACAAGAAACGCCAAACGGCCCAUACCAAUUGCUUUUAACUCCUCUGCCAGCUGACGCCUUUUGGGCGGUGGGCGCCGAACGCAACAAAGCAAAGCCAGCACCCGGUCAACAUUAUUACGCCCUCCGCGCACGUUAGCCUCCCCCGCACCCCCACCCACCUUUAGCGGUGGCCUCUCCCCCCUCUUUCUAGAUCUCCACAUCAGCCGCAACCCCCCUUUUAACCUAACUUAUCACCUUUCUUUCAUUAUGCCUCCGCUCUCCUCCGCCUCCCACCACCCAUCACCAACAUCUAAUACAUCUCAACACAUAAAUAAUUACCCACAUCAUUACAAAUUUCUAAUUGAUCUCAACAAUGGCGACUCUAUCUUCAUCAACGCAAGAUUUCUCAAACUCCCCAUCAGAACUACCCUCAGCCAACGUUACGGUGGCGGUUUCAUCGCGCCGUCUUCCGCCGCCGUGCUGGUCCCACGACGAGACGAUAGCCCUAAUUGAUGCUUAUAGAGACAAGUGGUAUUCUCUAAGCCGGGGAAAUCUCCGGGCUAAUCACUGGCAGGAAGUAGCUGACGAUGUUGCUGCUAGAUGCCCUGGUGUUGAUCCGCCGAAGACGGCCGUGCAGUGCCGUCACAAGAUGGAGAAGCUUCGGAAACGUUACCGUACUGAAAUUCAACGCGCUGCUCCUUACGGUGGCGUUCGAUCCCACCGUUAUUGCUCUGCUUGGGUCCUUUUCAAGCGUAUGGAUGCAAUGGAAAGGGGUCCUAAUGCUGUUUCUAGUGAUGAAGAAGCUGAUGAGGAUGUUGAAGAUUACCGUCAAAACAGUGUUAAACUCAUAGGAGAUUUGUAUGGUAACAACAAUGUGAACACUAAUAAUAAUCGGAGUAGUAGUUUUCAAGGGGUUGUGAGUAAUGGAGGGGGUGGGUUUCGUAUCCGGAUACCGGGGAUGCCCGUGGCAGCUGCGCCAAUGGCGAAACCAUAUAGUAGAAUGGAGGAUUCUGGAGUUGAACACCCUAGUAAUUUUGGGCCUGGUAAGAUGUUUAGGGGGGAUGGGUUUGUGAAGAAGGCUGAUAUGGGGAAAAGGGUUGCUGGUGAAGGAGUGGGCCCAGUGAGGGAGAAGAAAAAGGAGGACCCGAUGGGGGAGAUGGUGGCGGCAAUAAAGAUGUUAGGGGAUGGAUUUGUGAGAAUGGAGAGGAUGAAGAUGGACAUGGCAAGAGAGUUGGAAGAGAUGAGAAUGGAAAUGGAAAUGAAAAGAACUCAGAUGAUACUUGAAUCGCAGCAGAGGAUUGUGGAGGCUUUUGCGCAGGCUUUAUCAGAGAAGAAUCAUAAGAAGCCUAAGAGAAUGCCAACUCAUGAAUGCUAAAGUUGCCUUUUUUGGGUGAAUCUUUUGCAGCAUUGAAUUGCAGAAUGCAUACUUGGGCGUUGUAUGUGUGAAGCUAAUUUUGCAUAUUUUGUGAGCUGGAAUAUCCCUUUCCCUUCCUCUUGGUAUUUACUAUUCUUUUGAGUAGCAGAAGAAUGUAGAAUUGGUUAGAGCAGGACCUUAUUACUUAUUAGUUCAUUGGUGUAGCAACUUUUGUUAUGAUUUUGUUCUAGCAUUGCCUGAUACUUGUUGCAGUAAUUAUCUAACUCGGUGCAUUUAGAGCAGGGUUUCUGACAUUGGAACCGUUAGUAGUUUGUAGUGCCUGUUUAACAUGGUUAAUGGCUAUUAUGCCGCUGCUAUUCAAAUGCUAUACCCCAGUGCUUGAAA